AUGGGCGCGAGACGUGUGGAGCUGGCAAACACGUCAAUGCGGGCGACACGAAAUGGCCUCUUUCGAUUCCAAUCCCGCAAUCGCGUACCCCUCGUGAUAUCCGUAAGCUGGUCGACUCGGCAUGGCAUCCCGCCUGGCAGUUUCGAUCGAGCAAGCAUGUUUCUGCUUUAUCUGUGUCAGGAUAACAACAUCUCGGAGUCGACAUUCAUCGCUCCUCCCAGCAUGACUGUGCAGUGCAAGCCCGGCGAGCAGCUGGUAAUGCAGGGAGACCCAUACAGCCUUAAGAUGCUCGUCAGGGUACAUGAAGAAGAAUCGUGGACACGGCAGCUGUCAUGCUUUGCCGGUGUCUCGAUCGUUGAUGGUCAGUGCAAGACGUGCAAGCCGCCAUCGUAUUCGCUUCGUGCGGGGACGCUCCACGGCGGCCCCACCAUGCCAUACACAUUCACGGAGGGAAUCGGUAACAAAGGGAAAAGAGCACAUCUGGUCUCAUCUCGGAUGUAGCCCUUCCCUUUGAGAUGCGUCCAUCCAGAGGGCGAGCACCCGUGUGUGGCGCACUGCCCGAAUGGCGUCGACUGCGACCAGGGCUGGGGUGAUGUGUUCAGCCGCCCGGGUACGCUUGAGACACACCAUGAGCAUUUUGCACCCGACGGGCAUAUCUGACAUUGAUGUUCGUCAGGCUACUGGUGUCAGAGCUAUGGGCCGUCAAGCGACAUCGCGUGCUACGGUGCAAGAGAGAAAAUUGCAACGACUACAACAGCCAGCUGUGCCACGACCCGUCUCUCUACCACACGAAGCGCUGGCGGCAGUACCUUGAAGAAAGGAAAAUGGGACUCGCGCCGCCCAUGAUUGCCACGAGCGAACAGCAAGGAGGGAAGAAAAGUGAAGCCAUAGUCACGUACGGCCACUCUGGCGAGCUGCGCCCAUGUGGCGGCUUGAUUGAGGCCGGCCAUGCGUCACCAUGCCCCGGUCAGCCCAUAUAGGAGACAUGAUAGACAGUGAAUUGACUGCAGCCAGCUGGAUGGCAUGCUGGCUUGCAGGCGACACGAGCGGCCCCCUGUGCGCGGCCUGCAAUGGACACAGCAGAUUCAGGCUCUCACUCGGUCAUGUCCUCCCUCUUAUUAUGCAUGCAUCAAGGGCACACAUAUACAUGUGACUGACAGCUUUCGUUGUGUGUGUGCAGGUGGCUUCGAGUGCAGUCGUGAGUGCGCGAGGGAGCUGACGGCCUCUGACUGGCUCAAGUGGAUGGCCAUACCGCUAUUUUGCCUUGUCUUCGAUGCAUCUAUCCUUCUGGGGGGCGGUCAAGGCUAUGGAUUGUGGAAAUCUCUUCUUUAUUACGAGAACAUAUUGGCGAUCCUGGAUGUGUCGUCGCUCACAGAGUCCGGCAUGCAGGCGCUGGUGAGUAACAAACAGCCCACCAACCAACCUACCUACCUCACCCACCCCCCCGUCACGUCUCUCUCUUUGUGUAUGUGCUGUUUAGGCAUUCUUUUCCCUCUUCUGCUGGACUACGACGCACUGA